AUGGAGAGAACUGACACAUUGGGAGCAGAGGUGGAGAAAGAGGAGGAGGAAACUGGGACUAGUUUGUUUCACCGUGUCAUGGAGCAGAGGAAGGAUCUGCCUGAUGAAGAUGUGAAGAUGGUGAUACAGCGGCUCAUCCUGAUUGGCCGGCUCCCCCACGAUGUCGCUGACAGGACAGAACUGGGAGAUCAUUAUACCAGACUCCACCUCCGGUUAAACAAACGGUACAUAUGGGAUCAGAUGACGGGCCUGCUGCUCGUCUAUCCGACCUUUGUGCUGCACGUCAUCGAGUCGUCCAGGGACGUUCUGCUUGCUGUUCUCAAAGAUCUCAGAGACAUGCAGCUGCAGACAGACGGGUGCCUGAUGGACGCUGCUAAGGUCGUGUUCAUGGCUCAUGUCCCUCACAGCAGGAUGUUCCAUCACUGGAGCUACAAGGUGCUGGAUGCAGCUGAUGUGGACUCGUUGAGUGAGGGCUUCGAGGAGGACGAGGACAGCACAGCGACGCUGGUGUGCAGUCUCCUCUCAGCUCUGGACAAACUGGCCGAGCACCUCCAAACGCCCAAGAAGACUGUCCCUGGAUCUGUGCCGGACGCUCCACAGCUGCUGGUCUCUCAGGAGCUUCCAGGGAAGCUGCUGCCUCGAGACGAGCUCCUGAGUCCAGAGGAGCAUCUGCAGCUGUACGACUUCCCCUUAAACAUCCGCCUGGGAUUGGGGAAACUGAGCUGCAGGAGCUUUUCUGUUGUUUCUGGGUUUAUGAUGGAAUAUGAAUUUAUCUUUUGA